AGUGCUAGCUAGCGUCAAUACCAGAAAGCAACUAUACCCUAGCUAGCGAUGAUAGGGGGUUUUAGAGUAGCUGCUGCAACCAUGAAAAACGACACUACCGUCACAGCCGCUUUUUUCACUGCCGCUGCUAUUGCUACUCAAGUGCAUCCGUCGCUUUGAUGGUGCUGUAACGAAGGAUCCAGUUGAUAGUGCUACGAUUGCAGAGUCUUCUGGAGAUAAUGAGAUGCAAGUCGAGGAAUCUGCUGACACGAUUGAGCCAACAAUCUCUACUUGCAGUGCUGGCGGGGUCGACAAAGCAGCAGCACAAGCUGCCUCCCCCACCGCCAAGGAAGAAAUCGCUGUCGAAAAAGACGCACUGCAAACUUCCGCAGCCACAAAAGGUAAAACAGCAGGAGACGAACGCGAUAACGUUCUCUUGACGGUAGACGAAACGUGGAAAGUGGCCAAGUACUUCUUCCCUGGCCUGAUGAUGAAGCGUGAAGCUGCAACGUUCGCGACGCACAAUGAUAUCCAAGCUUACUUGAGAGACGACAUCGAUCGCAAAUUGCGCGAAAUCGAAGCAAACGACUUGGAUAAGUACUUUGCGUUGGUGAAGCGCGAGAAUGCAGCAGAGCUUUGCAUUACCCUUGGAAUGGACGAGAAGUAUGUGCGCAUGAGAUACGGAGCAGUCAACGCAAUCCACAAGGAGUUGGGCUUCAAGAGCAAGACGUCAACCCUCACUUCCUUGUUUCACCUUAUUGAGACCCUUCACAUCAGAGGUUAGAUGGAUCGUUGGGCCAAUAAAGUUGAAGAGGUUCGGAGCGGAAGAAGGUAUAUAUCUUGUAGAUCUGAUAAUUUUACGAGGACAGUUAUUUCUAGCUAGAGCCACUGGCAAAACGGAUGGGAU